AUGUCAGAUUUUGCGAAAAAGUAUUUUAUAAAGAUUGUUGGUCUACAGCUGGGAACCACGUUUUUAGAGGAUAGUUGGGACAAAGAUAUAAUCGGUAUGCAAGAGCUUCAGAAUUUUUUAGAGAUGGAAAAUGUUCUUACUUUAUACGCAAUUAUUGAGGAAGUAGACUUGAAUAAAAGAAUUAAGUUCUUUAGAACAGUGAAUGAACAUUUGUUGCAACACGUUCAAACUACAACUUUAUCUGGUACUCCAGCUCUAGCUUUAUAUCAGAGCUUGAAUAUCUAUUCUCCAUUGCUUCAACAGAAAGAUCAAUCAUCGUUACAAAAGCAAAUCACAAUUCUUCAAAAUGAUCUUCGAUCUGCUAUUUUCACGGAUCGUCCAACUAAACUGAUCGACCAGCAGAUAUCUGACUAUUCUUCGUUGACAGUAGUUACUUCUCUGGAACAUGAAAUUACGUAUUGGAGUACUAUGAAACCAUCUAAAAGGGAUAGAUUGACCCAAAGUGCUUGUACCUUCUUUAAGGACUCAAUGAGUACAAUAGCCGGAGAGUUUAGUAUUAUCGAUGCUCUUUCAACAGCAGACGUAGAAAGUCUGUUAGAGAAGUCACAUAGCGUAUUAGAUGAUUUAUGGAGAAAUGAUCCGCCGUACCCAAAAGAUAGAAUGAAACAUAUCAUGGAUAUUAUAGCAUCUGAGUUACAAAAAUACCAUUGUCACAAGUUGAAACAGUACAAUUUAUGGGAUUCGGAGUAUUCAGAAAUAUCCGAAGCUUUGUUUCAAGAAAUAGCACUAGGAGACAAGUGGCUAACAAGUUGUAAGCAAUUAACCGAAAUUUUCUGGCCAAAUUAUGGUUUGAACCCUUGGAAAGACAAAGUUUAUCAACCGUUUGAAUUAACGAAUACAGUUGCUGUUUUACGGAAGAUCCUUGAAAUUCGAACACUCCACAAGCAACUAAUUAAACUCCUAACAUCUCAAGAGAAGCUGGAGCUUAAGACUCAAGAUAUGCUUCAAUGUUUCAAAGAUAUUGAUGUCUCGGUUCUGAGUGGAGAUACUAAUUGUUCAUUGGCUAAAGCAGAGAAACAAUUCGAAUAUAUGAUACAACCUGCCGAAAAGCGAAUUGCUAUCAAACUGAAGAAACAACUGGCCACUCUGAACCACAAUACAAGACAACUGAUUUAUGAAUAUUCAAGAUAUGCAGAAUUAAUGAAUCGACCAGUACUACGACAAGAAUUAAUUCUAGAAAGACAGUUUCUUCUAGUGGCCCUUUAUGACUAUCUAAAACAAAUUCAGUCUCAAACAACGUCAGAAAAUUAUACGAUCGCUACACGUUAUGAUACUCCAGAAGUCGUUAAAGAUAUUAUAAUGAUAAGACAACUUGAAGCAAAAGCUAAUGAGGCUCAAAAAGUCGCUCAGAAACUUUUACAGGACCUUCAAGGAUACGAUGAUCUUAACGAAGUAAUAUCCGGAUUAAUUAAAGAUCUGAAACAACAACAUAACGAACUUUUCGAGUCAUGGAGCUCUGAAAUAACGGGUUAUAUCAAAAGUAAUGCGUUGAGCUUGAAAGAAACAGAUCCUGUCGUCGAAUUUUCGAAAGAAAAAUUAAUGCAUGUCAACUACUCUCCUAGAUUAGUUAUUCUAAUUUCUGAAGUGCGACAGCUGAAAGCCAUGGGAUAUCACGUUCCUAGUGUUAUAGUGGAAACAAGUGAACACGCUAAGAGAUUUAUGAGAUUCGCUAGGGUUUUAGAACAGAUUGCUAAUUUCCAUAAUACAAUUGGAGAUCGCAUGAUACCGUCUCAAAAACCGAUGAUGCUUGCUAGUGCACUUGAGCUAUCUAAACUUGUACAAGAACAGGAAGUAGUAUCCUGGGGACAAGAGAAGGCUGUAGAAAAGUAUGUCGAGUUACUAAAAACUGCCGUUGAAAAACUUUCCAAAGAAAAUAAUUUUCUGACCACGUAUCAUUAUCAAAUAUCAGAAAAAAUUAACGGACUGUUAGAAAUCGAUCUCAUAAGAGACUAUAACAAAUGGAAAGAAACAACGAAAUACAUCAGAAACGUGAUGGCACAAGUUGAAGAUAAAGGUUUCCGUAAUAUGCACAGCUGGAAAAAAGAUUUAGAUAAACAGUUAAGUCAAGUUCUGGAGAAACAGUAUUUAGAAAGUUUGGAUACGCUACAUAUAUAUCUCCCUGAGAUUAAUGCUGAUUUGGUAUAUAGAAAUUCGGUUCUAGAAUAUCUUCCUACUGAAGAUAAUUUGAGGAGAAUAUAUGAUCAACAGUUGAAACGAUUCUUAGAUAUUCCUAAAAAUUUUCGUACCAUAUCUGAAGAUUCGAACAACGCUCUUUUUGAAGAGAUAAUACUAAGAAAUGAAUCUGCUCUUGAUAAUGUUUCGAAACGAACUGAUGAAUUAUUUCAACAAUUGAAAGCUGUAUUGACACAUUGGCAAUCUUGGUUACAACUGGAGACCCUAGACUUAAGUAAAUUGGUAACGUGGCAACAUUGGGAUCUACAUUUUAGAGCGUCGAAGACUUUUGGACAAGAAAUUGCUAAGUUGCCUAGUACCGAAGAGCGCGUUGGAUGUUUUGUUAUAGGUUUGUCAAGACUAAGAUCUGAUUUAGAAUCACACAAUAGAAGCUAUUGGGAUCAAUUAGUUCAUUCUCUAAAAGAUUCUAUAGCACAAGAUGUUGUUAAACUACAGAAUUACGUUGAUCACUCCACAACAAAUCUCACUAAACAGCCUGUAACUAUUGACGAAGUUGGGGAAUCUGGAGUUAUUCAUUCCAAUAUUAUGAAGGAGAAACCAGAGAUGGAAGAAUUAUUCAACGAAAUGUCGAAGAAAUCUCAGAUUUUAUCAAGCUGGUCUCGAGAGCAGGUGGGAGCUGUUAAUAGACUCAAAGGUGCAUGGGAUCGUUUACAAAAUUUAUUGACCAAUUAUCAGCAUAUUAUGGAAAAACAGAUGGAGACUAUAAAAACCACAUUAAAGAUCGAGACCGAGAAUUUAAAUAAAGAAAUAGAACGAUUUACUGCGAAGUGGGAAGAAAUAAGUCCACGACCACAUUCUGGGCAUUUAGUAAAUAGUUCAUUCAAAGAUCUGAAUAAACAUUUCAAUACUAUCAAAGAUAAACGCAAAGAGUGGUUGGAAAUUCGAAAAAGGAGUGAAAAAUUAGUAGAGGAUUAUCAAAAAUUCAAUUUACCCCCUCAAGAGGUUUCUAGCUUAAAAGAUAUUGGAGAAACACUCGGUACAGAAGAAAAAACUUGGGCUGUAUUCGAAGAAUUUAAUUCAGAGUUUGAAGGGAUAAUUAAUGAGCCGUGGAUAGUAUUUAGGAAGAAAAUUUACAAACUGGAAGAUUUUCUGAAAAAUUGGAGAGAAAAAUUGACUCAACGAGAAGCAAGUGUUGUUACAACGAGGAUUUUGCAGGAAAUUCAUAAAUACGAGAUUGCAGCACCUUUCUUGAAGUAUAUAAAAGGAGAAGAUUUUACAGAAAAACAUUGGCUAGAUGUUUUCAAUUUGCUAGGAAUGGAGCAUAAGUUUUUAGAACAAUUACUUCUCAAGGAUUUCUUAGACGUUUGGGGGAAAAUCCAAGAGCAUUUGAGUGAAAUACAGACCAUUUCGAAGAAAGCAGCAAGCGAAGUAAUUAUCAGACAAGCACUUGCUGAAUUGGAUCAAUGGGAUGUAUAUAGUAGGUUCGUCUUAAUGGUACACAAAGAUUCUCGAAAUAGGGAUGUACCUUUGAUAAAGGAUUUCAAAGAUAUUCUAAAUAAGAUUGGGGAUAAUCAAAGCUUAUUGCAAUCAUUGAAAAACUCAGCAGACUACGAUUCCUCGGCUGAGAAAGUUACCAUGUGGGAAAAUAAAUUCGGAGAUCUGGAUCAUUAUCUAACAUCACUAGCUCAAAUUCAAAGAAAAUGGUUGUACCUUGAACCUAUCUUUAGCAGUGGAACAUUAGUACAGGAGAAAAUACGAUUUGAGAGGAUUGAUCGAGAUUUCCGUCACGUUUUAACGUUUAUAGAGAAAGAUCUUCGCGUAGCAGCUCUCUGUAGAUAUCCUAAUUUGAGAUCACUUUUGGAAACGACUUCAGACCAACUUCUACGAUGCCAAAAUAGUUUAGACAAAUUCCUAAAGGAAAAACGUGAUGCAUUUCCAAGAUUCCUGUUUCUUAAUGACGACGACUUAUUGGAGGUAGUUGGACAGUCAUCUAAGGAACAAGUUCUUCAAACUCAUUUGAAAAAAAUUUUUGUUGGUAUUAAUAAUGUCAAAUUAUCCUCAGAUGGGCAAGAUAUAAUCGCAAUGUGUUCACUUGAAGGUGAAAAAGUUCUUUUGUCUAAUCCUGUUAACAUUAAUAAACCCGUAGAGAUAUGGUUGAAUGAGUUGGUGAAAGAAAUGCAGGUAACUCUCAAGGAAUCUUUGGUGAACUGUCAAAAAGAAAAAGGUGCACCAGAUCCGUUUAUGUAUCCAUCACAAAUUUUAUGUUUAUCCGAUAGCAUUACUUUUACGGCUAAAUGUGAGCAAGCUAUUUCCAGUAUGACGAUUCCUACACUGUUAACAAAAUAUAAAAAUCAGUUAGAACACUAUAGUUCUCUGGAGCUGCAUCAUUCACAAGAAAAAGGUACAGAAGGUGACAAUGUUUUGGAAUUGAAGUUGAAAGCGUUACUACUUGAUACAAUUCACCACAUUACAGUCUUAGGGGAACUGAUGGAAAACAAUGUUACUAAAGUUUCUGAAUGGACAUGGCAGAAGCAAUUGAGGUACUACAAUAAUUCUGUGGGUGAAGUUACUGUCAAAAUGGCCAAUUCAAGAAUGGAGUAUUCAUAUGAGUACCUUGGCAAUGCUUCUAAGCUAGUUCAAACACAAUUGACAGAUAAAUGUUUCUUGACUUUAACACAGGGUAUCCAUUUGGGCAUGGGAGGAAAUCCGUAUGGUCCCGCUGGAACUGGGAAAACGGAAUCUGUAAAAGCACUUGGAGGUUUAUUAGGAAGACAAGUCUUAGUUUUCAACUGCGAUGAGGGUAUAGAUGUAAUAGCAAUGGGUAGAAUCUUAAUCGGUUUGGUCAAAACUGGGGCAUGGGGUUGUUUUGAUGAAUUUAAUAGGCUUGAUGAAGCUACUCUGUCAGCUAUCUCCAUGCUGAUUCACUCUAUACAAGUUUCUAUUAGAUCCAGUAAGAGCACCGUCCAACUACUAGAUCAAGAGGUGAAAGUUAAUAAGCACUGUGGUAUAUUCGUAACUUUAAAUCCAGCUGGAGGAGGCUAUGGUGGUAGAAAUAAGUUACCAGAUAAUUUGAAACAAUUAUUCAGACCGGUAGUGAUGACUCAUCCGGAUAAUGAAGAAAUCUCUAGAGCUCUACUUCAUUGUGAAGGCUUUAGAAGUGCCAAUCAAUUGGCAAAAAAGAUCGUGGAAGUAUUUGACAUUUCCAGUAAACUUUUAAGUACUCAGCAACAUUAUGAUUGGGGCCUAAGAUCAAUAAGAACCAUUUUAUCCGGAUGCGGAAGAGCUCUAAGAGCGACUAAAUCAAAUAGUAAACAACAUAUAGAUAUGAACUCAGAGAUGGCACUAACUGUCCAAGUACUUAGAAUGGAUACAUUAUCAAAAUUAUCAUUUAGUGAUAGCAAGAAAUUUGAGUCUAUUUUGGAAGACGUAUUUAGGGGCAUAGAUCUAAAAUUUUCUAAGGAUGAUUUGAUGAAAACUAUUUUAAAAGAAUGUUUCGAAGAAAUGGGAUUAAGUGAAAAUGAAAGACAGACCAACAAAUGCAUGGAAUUAUAUGAACAGUUGCAACAGAGGAUGGGUGUAGCUAUUGUAGGUCCUCCUAAAUCUGGAAAGACGACCAUUCGAAAAUUAGUUCUGAAGGCCUUAACAAAAAUGGGAAAAACAAUCAAGUAUUAUUCUGUGAACCCGAAAAGCUUAACAAGGGCUCAACUUCUAGGUAAAAUGGAUACUGACACAGGACAAUGGAAUGAUGGUGUUAUCACCAGUUUUAGUUUACAAGUGGUUUCUGAAAAUGCAAAUAACUGGUCAUGGAUAAUAUGUGACGGAGAUGUAGAUCCGGAAUGGGUAGAAUCUUUGAAUUCCGUGUUAGAUGAUAACAGACUUUUAUCACUACCCUCAGGAUGGAGAAUCCAAUUUGGACCUAACGUUAAUUUUAUUUUUGAAACUCACGAUUUGAGUAAUGCUUCUCCAGCAACGAUAUCUAGAAUGGGAAUUGUAUUGCUUAGUGAACAAGAUCUUGAUUUACAAAAUAUAGUUACUAGUUUUGUACGAAAUUUGAACGAAGAACAGAAGCCAUUGUUGGAGCCUUUCGUAACCGAUUACUUCAUCAAAGCUGUCAACUGGAUUCUUAAAAAUGCUGAAGUAUCCUUACCUUGCUCGAAAGCAGCUAUAGCCGAAACAGGUCUUAGUCACUUGAAAGAUGUGACUAGUAAGGCUCAUUUCACAGUUGCUUUAAUUAAUGGUUUAGGUGAUCAACUUCAAGAUGAUUUCAAAGAAGUUUUUAUUCAACAGAUAUUCGACUGGAUUGGGGAAACACCUCCUCCUGUAAUUUUGAGAUGUCGUUAUAACAGCGAACGGGAUUUGAUAGAAUCCUACUACACUAAUCCUAAUAUAAUAACAGCAACUAAUGAGGAUAAUGUAAGUUUGGUGGUAACUGGACAAAUCGAACAAUACCUAGACUCUUUACGGCUUUGGUUAAUAGAAAAUCGUGAAAAAGACUUUCUUCUAGUAGGUCCUCAUGGAUCUGCAAAAACUUUAAUAUUGGAGGCUCUUUGUCAUGAACGUUCUAAUGCUGAAAUUGUAACAAUUCAUUGCAGUGGAAGUUUAAUGCCCAAUUUUGUUGUGACGAAGAUCUAUCAGUAUUGCCUCCAAGUGAACACACAUAAAGGUAAACAACUUCGACCAAAAAAGGGUCAUUUGAUACUCCAUUUCAAGAACUUGCAUCUUCUAAAAUCUGAUAAAUGGGGUACAAAUAUUCUUAUAGAGUUUCUGAACCAGUUAAUCGACUACAAAGGGUUCUUCGACUCAAAUGUAGAAUUUAUCGGAAUUGAGAAUAUAACGAUUGUUGGAUCUUUGGAAGCUACUUGUAAUUUAUCGCAGAGAUUUACUUCUAAUUUACGAAUUUUUACUAUCAGCUUGCCAGAACCAGAAGACUUUUCGAUUAUAAUAGUUUCAUAUCUGACAGCAGUUUUAAAAAACUUCUCCAAUUCAUUUCCAAAAGCUAAAAUUGUGAAAUUAUCAACUACUUUGAUUUCUGUUUACGAUAAAAUUAGAAAUUCCUUCAACACGUUUAAAAAUAAACACUACAUUUUCACCCCUCAUGAUGUUACAAAAUGGUGUCAAGGAAUUGUGCGGUAUAAAAAUACUAGCAAUAUUAACGUCGAGGAAUUUAUUCUACAGAUUUUUAAAUAUGAAGCUAGAGAUAUAUUCUACAACAAACUUGUUAAUGUAGAUGACAGGAAAAUAUUUAGUCAAAUUUUGAAGGAGACAUUUGCGUCUCACUGGGGUUCUAUAUCUAUGGCAACAGAAGUGAUUACUGACUUUUAUGUACCGUUGGAAAAACAUUCGAAUACUUGUAAGUAUUCGGACUUGAUGAAAUUGAAUAAAGGUGAUUGGAGUCAAAUGUUAGAAUCAGGAAUAAUACAUUAUGGUACGGAAGGACAGAUUAUGGAUUUGGUUAUUAAUGAUGAAUUACUGCAUUUGACGUCUAGUAUAUUGAAAACCCUGAGUUACCCAAAUGGUAAUAUUCUUUUGAUAGGAAAAUCCGGAGUUGGACGAAAAAGUGCUGUUAAAAUAUCCGCUGCUUUGCAGACAGCUAAAUUGAUAGUUCCAGCGUCAGAACACCAACCGUUUUUGAACAACGACCUAAAACUUGCUAUGCAAUAUGCUGGAAUUGAUGGGGAAGAAAUUUAUUUUCUAUUAGAAGAUUACAUAUUCAAUGAAGAAAGUAAUAUGAACGUACUCAAUUUUUUAAUUUCAUCUGGAGAGAUUCCAGGAUUGUACUCCACUGCUGAGCUUGACUCACUUGUUAAAGGAUUGAAGGAGCAAGCUGACAGAGAUAACUUUGAUGGAAACUUAACUCAAUAUUACUCCGAAAGAAUAAAGAAGAAUCUGCAUACAAUCAUAUGUCUGGAUGCAAGUAAUGAAAAUUUGUGGGAUAUCAUCCAAAACUGCCCUUCACUCACUCAAAACUGUAACAUAAUUUGGGAAUCAGGUUGGAGUCCCAACACAAUUAAGAGCAUUCCACAAACAUUAUUGCAGAGGAGAAAAAUAAUUGAAGAAGAUAGUGUACAGCAUGCAUCAAGCGAUAAUUUCUUAGCAGUGUAUAAUGCUGCACACUCUGCUGUGUGCACUCCAUCCAGAUAUAUUUCCCUGAUCAAUCUUUAUGCGAAGAUAUAUGCUGAAAAAAAUGAAGGUAUAAAAUCAAAACAACAAAAAUUGAAGGCCGGUGUAUCAAGAUUAACGCAAGCAGAGCUUUUAGUGAAAGAGCUGAAAGAAGAUGCAAUCGAGAAACAAGAAAAACUAGGAGAAAAACAGUCUAAAGCUAACGCAGCUUUGGAUAUGAUAAGUAAUACAAUGAAAAAUGCGAAUACUCACAAAGAGGAAAUGGAAAGUUUGAAACUAAAAACAGAGGAAGAAAAUGUACAACUAGAACGGAGAAAAAAGGAUAUUGAGAUGGAACUGGCAGAGGUAGAGCCACUAAUAGAAGAAGCCAGAUCCGCUGUUGGUAACAUCAAAUCGGAAUCAUUAUCGGAAAUCCGAUCAUUAAGGGCACCUCCAGAAAUAAUUAGAGACAUUCUUGAAGGUGUCCUCAGAUUAAUGGGGACUCAAGACACUUCAUGGAAUAGUAUGAAGUCAUUUUUAUCAAAACGUGGUAUAAAGGAAGAAAUCAGAGCUUUUGACGCGAAAAGAAUUACAAAAGAAAAUAGACAAGCUGUUGAGAAACUUUUGGCUACCAAAGGUGAAUCGUUUGAUCCAAAAUCCGCAAAGAGGGCUUCACAAGCAGCAGCUCCUUUAGCCGCUUGGGUAGCGGCAAAUGUUAAAUAUUCCUACGUUCUCGAUAAAAUAAAGCCAUUAGAAAAGGAACAAUUCAAGUUAAAGGAGAACUUAUUGAAUGCUCAGAAUCAAUUGGGUGAGCUGAGCGCUGGGUUAUCAGAUGUUGAUGCUACAGUAGCAAAAUUGAAAGAGCAGCUUUCUGUAUAUACGAAGGAAGCUGCUGAGAUUGAAAUAGACUUGAAUAGAGCGCAAAGUACCUUAGCCGCUGCGGAAGGUUUAGUUGGGAAGCUGGGAAAUGAGUAUUAUAGAUGGAAAAAACAGCUUCAAGAACUCUCUCAAGAAAUUGAAAUUUUACCAAAACAUUGUUUAUUAAUGGCUGCUUUUAUGACAUAUAUGUCUAGCGAAUCUGAACAAAAGAGGAGUGAAUUUUUGACAUACUGCGCUAAGGAAAUUUGUACCGAUAUGAUAGAUCUGGAAUCAUUUUUUUCCACUGAAACCGAACGGAUGCAAUGGCAUAGUGAAGGUUUAUCAUCUGAUAAAUUGUCUGUAGAAAACGCUGUAAUGAUUUUGAAGGGUGGCAUGGUACCUAUUUUGAUCGAUCCCACAUCAUCAGCAAUUUCUUGGGUCAAACAGCAUCUGAAACAUAGAAAUAUAGAAAGUACUACUCAAAAUUCACCAAAAUUCAAAGCAGCCUUGGAACUAGCUGUAAGAUUCGGGAAAGUUUUCAUUAUAGAAGAAAUAGAUACUGUCUCUCCUAUUCUGUUGCAAAUACUACGCAAGGAUUUUAUAGUUCAAGGUGAAAGACGACUCAUAAAAAUUAAUGGCAAAGUGAUUGAUUACAAUAAUGAGUUCCAAUUAAUUUUAUGUAGUAGAAAUGAGCACUUGAAACUUCCAGCAGAAAUAUCACCUUUAGUGAAUUUAAUGAAUUUCACAGUAACGCGUUCAGGUCUUACUGAGCAACUUUUGUCUCAUGCUAUUUGCCAGGAAAAUCCCGAAUUGGAGAAAAGAAAGAAAAAACUACUCAAAGAGAAGGAAGAAAUGGAAGAAAAACUUAGUCAUUUGCAAAACCAGUUAUUAGAAGAUUUGGCUAAUUCAUCAGGAGAUAUUCUUCAAGAUCAAAAGCUACUAGAGUCGUUGAAUAAUACAAAGGCUAGUUCCGAAGCUAUAUCAGAGGCUUUAAAGGAAUCAAAUGAUGUGCAACAAAAGUUGCAAGCAGAGUAUAAUGUUUAUAAAGAUUUGUCAGAGUUUGGAAGUUCUUUCUACUUCGCUUGUAACGAAUUUGCGAAAUACAAUAUUCUCUACCUCCUCUCAGUUCCUGCAUUCACGAAAUUAUUUCUGAAAUCACUACAAAGUUUUCAGGGUUUGGAUAACAGCUUCUCAUCACAGAAGAAACAUUUGUUAAAUACAGUUUACACAUAUAUGAGCCGAGGAAUAUUUCAGGACGACAGAUUGAAAUUUCUUCUUUAUUUGAUAUUCAAAUUGUAUCCGAAAGAAAUAUCAGAAGACGAAUGGCGCGUAUUUCUGGGAAAUUCGGUUAUUGGUAAAAGCGUAUCAGAAGAUCAUCCACCUUGGAUUCCCAAACACUGCCUGACCCAUAUUCAAAACUUACAGGUGGCAUUACCAGAAUUCUACAAAAGUUUGAAGUUGGAGGAAUACAAUCUUUGGAAAAAUUUUAUGACAGUUAGUGACUGUGAAAAGGAAUUUCCAAAUCACUGUACAAUAACUGAAUUUCAAAAGGUAUUAAUUGUCCAAUCACUAAGACCUGAUAGAUCAUUUACUGUUAUGUCACAAUGUUCUCUCAACAUAACAGGUCUCAAAUCAUUGAAUCCUUCGACUUUCGAUCUAAUUACAAUAUACAAAGAAUCCAACAGCACUACUCCUAUAUUGAUUUUGGCUGUAUCAGGUACAGAUCCAUUGUCAGAGAUUAGAGAAAUCGCUAAUGGCUUAUCUCAAGAGUAUAUGGAGGUCGCUAUGGGUGAAGGUCAGGAGUACAAAGCAUUGGAAGCAUUAAAAAUAUAUUCAGAGUCAGGUUCUUGGUUGAUUUUGAAAAAUUUACAUCUAGUCACUCACUGGUUACCGGUGUUAACUCAAACUCAUAAAAAUAUCAAGCCUCAUGAACAAUUCAGACUGUGGUUAAUAUCCGAACCGACACAAAAUUUCAACUUUGUCUUGUCUCAAAACAGCCUCAAAGUUGUAUACGAAACAUCUCAUGGCAUAAAAAACAAUUUACUUAGGACAUUCUCGAUGUUCGGAAAAAAAUACGUCGAAAAACAAACACCAAAUUCGGCCAAAAUAUUUUUUGUCAUUGCUUGCGUACAUGCUUUACUCCAGGAAAGGCGAAAGUAUAUUCCUCAAGGCUGGUCGAAAUAUUACGAUUUUAGUGACACAGAUCUAUCGACCACUGUUAAGUUAGUGGAAGACUUGUGGAACAGUCAAGGUCCUCAAAUUCAAUGGAAAUUUAUAUCUGGUCUUACAGCCGAUGCAGUUUAUGGUGGUCGUAUAGAAAAUAUUGACGAUAUGAAAAUAGUUUAUUCUUAUACAAAGCAGUAUUUCGUAGAUAAUGUUAUAAGUCAUAGAUGGAAACCAUUCGGAUUGGAUGUCACGGUACCCAAUGUCCCCCAAUUUGAGGAAUACAUCAAACUCAUCAAACAAAUACCAGCAACUGAUAAACCAUCAAUUUUUGGACUGGCUGAGAAUAUUAACAGAGCAUGGGAGAAGCAGACUUCUUGGAAAAUAACAUCUGAGUUAAAACAUUUCUAUCUACAGAGGAGUAUUCCAAAAAAAUUUGAUCAAGAAUAUUUCCAAAAAGGCUUAGCGCCUUUCUUCUCACAAUGGAAAAAAAUCAAUAAAGGACACGAGUUCAUAAGAAUCGAUAGCGAGAUUCAAUCAGAGAAAGAAAAUGUGAUCGAAACAUUUAUCCAGAAAGAAUUUGUAUACGCUGUUGAAUUACUCCAAACAAUUCACAAACACUUUAUGUUAUUAAAUAAGAUGUGUAAAGGGGUGAUUCUGCCAGACGAAAAAUCAUUAUUAACGUGUCACUCCUUGUUAAAAUAUGAGACUCCAAAAGCAUGGUUGGAUAUUUGGAGAGGACCUAAAGAGCCAAAUGAAUAUUUAAAAAAAUGUAUGAGCAAAACUAUUUUCUUGACUCAAUGGAAAGAUGGGAAUAUCAACAAUGUUCUACAAAAUCCGACAAGUUUAACAUCAUUAUUUCACCCUGAAGCAUUCAUCGCUUCCUAUAAGCAACAUUUCGCGAAGUCGAAUCAAAUUCCAAUGGAUGAGCUAAAAUUGCAUACCAGUUGGAAACCACAGACAAAUUCCUUAAUUUUAACUGAUCUGUUAAUUGAAGGGGGUAUAUUUGAGAAUGGUAUUAUUAAACCAUGUUUACCAAACACUGAAAACCUAUGUAUCGUACCUCACCAUUGUUAUAUUACGUGGAUAAAGAAGGAUCAUGUACUUGAAGAUGACAAUAAUAUCAACGUCCCCCUGUAUUCUACAUCUACAAGAGAAAAUAAAAUAAUUUCAAUACAAAUUCCUUGCGACAAAAAUGAAAGAGAAAAAUGGUUACUGUCUGGAAUUGCUUUCUAUUUGACAUAUUAACAUGUUUUUGCCAAUGAGAUGGGCUAUAGCUAAAGUCAUAGAAAACAUGAUAUUCUACAAUAGUUUUGUUGAAAAUACCACAUAAUAUAAUAUUGAUAAUAUUUUAUCACAUUACAAUAAAAUAAAAUAAUGUUUAUCACU